GUUGUCAAUUUGUAACGGAUUUCACUCUAUGAUUUCACUUGUUUCGUUACACUUCGAGUUCCUGUUAAAGUGUCAAUUUAAAAAAUUCGUUUGCCUUAAAGUGAAUUUAUUUAUAUAUAUGAAAAAUGGCAAGCAAAGAAGAAAUAAAUCUCAUGGCUGAGCAAUAUCUCAAAACUUUGAAAAUUCCUCCAGAAAUUGAAAAACCCACCACAGAACUGGUGAAAAAAAUGAUGUCUCAUGAGUGUUAUGCUAACCCCGAUUACGAAUGGUCAUUGAAUGAUUUUGAGUUGGGCAGAAGAUUGGGCCGAGGAAAAUUUGGUCGUGUUUUCAUUGCCAGAGAAAAAAAAACCGGCUUCAUUGUCGCUCUAAAAACGCUUAUGAAAAAAGAAAUUGUUAAAAGUGGUGUAGAAAAGCAAAUUUUACGUGAAAUUGAAAUUCAGUCACAUCUCAAGCAUCCAAACAUUCUACAGCUGCUUUGUUGGUUCCACGACAGUCACCGAAUUUAUUUGGUCGUCGAAUUUGCUGGUAAAGGUGAACUCUAUAAGCAUCUUCAGGACGGCAAAGACGGACAUUUCACCGAAAAACAAGCUGCCAAAUACACCUACCAAGUAGCAGAUGCAGUUAAUUACUGCCACCAAAAUCAAGUAAUUCACCGAGACAUCAAGCCUGAAAAUUUGCUAUUGACUUAUGAUGAUGAUGUGAAGCUGGCCGAUUUCGGUUGGUCGGUUCAUUCUCCAUCGUUAAUUCGUGACACGAUGUGUGGAACUUUGGAUUAUCUGCCACCCGAAAUGGUUGAACAUAAAAAAUAUGGGCAAUAUGUGGAUCACUGGUGUUUGGGUGUGCUUUGUUACGAAUUUUUAGUUGGACGUCCGCCGUUUGAAAGUGAAACAAGUGAGGAAACGUACAAGAAAAUUCGGCGAGUAGACGUCAAAUUUCCAGCCUGUGUGCCUGAGGGGGCCAAAGAUUUGAUAUCAAGGCUCUUGCGUCGGACCGGUGAGAGGAGACUUUCUUUAACAGAAGUUAUGAAUCAUUUUUGGAUUGUUGAGAACAAAUAGUUGAAUUUUAUUUAUCCUGCUUUUGUACUUUAUUUUAAUCCUGUUUUAAUUCUUCCAAAUUGUAAUAAAAAAUUAAGCUCUA